CCUAAUCAUGUCGGUCUCCAAAACCGGUUUCUCUUUUCCUCAUUUUCUAGCUUUUUAGUCAUGUAGUGUUCGGAAUACAAAUUUAAUCUCACUUAAACAAAAAAAAUUUAAUCUUUACCGAAUUUCGCAGAAGUUGAGUUCUUCAACUUCUAGGGUUCCAAUUCAAUUCCAUAGCAUAAGAAUAAAAAUCACGAGACAGUAGCAAAGUUCAAAUCAUCAGAAUUUUGUAUUGCACCAAAAAAAGAUGGUGUGCGAAAAGUGUGAGAAGAAAUUGGCGAAGGUGAUAGUUCCGGAUAAGUGGAAAGCUGGUGCCAGCAACACCACCGAAGGCGGCGGCCGCAAGAUCAAUGAAAACAAGCUUCUCUCCAAGAAAAGCAGAUGGACUCCUUAUGGAAACACUAAAUGCAUCAUCUGCAAGCAGCAAGUACACCAGGAUGGCAAGUAUUGUCAUACUUGUGCAUAUAGUAAAGGUGUAUGUGCAAUGUGUGGUAAACAAGUGCUGGAUACCAAGUAUUACAAGCAAAGUAAUGUAUGAUGCGUUUAGGAUUCAGCUUCGCCUUACAUUCUUAGUUCUUCGAACAUGUACUGUCUGACUCAAAAAAAUAUGUUUGAUACUAGUAAUCUCUCAUCUCUGUUAAUUCAACUAGUGAUUACACAAAGAUGUACUAUUAAUUAAUUGUUCCGUUGUAUGAUAGCUGCUUUAGGAUAUGGAUACAUUUCCAGGUUUGAAAAGCUAUGGGAUGUAUGAUACAAUUGGAUUGAUUUAACCCAGAAGCGUGGAUUUUCUGAUUCAAAAA